UCCUCAGCUGGGAAACACCGAAGAUGACUGACGGUCGUUUGCGGAGUACUGACAGUCCAAAUCACGUGUAGACGAACCUAACAGUCUUGCAGCCAUGACUUGCAUACACCCCCAGCAUGGAUCUCCGCCCUGUGAGAUCAACCCUGGCAGCUCAGAGCUUCAAAGCGCAGACUUUAUCUCCAGGUUGGCUGUCGACAUGAGCAGCCCACGGGACCACCUCUCUGCUCCACCCCUGCCAAGCAUCAACUCCCUGGUGGGCACUCAGCCGUGCGACUUUGACGCGUUUUCAUGUCAGUUUACCUCAGCCCCCGCUCACAUCACUCCUUCAUCAGGCCAGGAGACUCCCUUCAAGCUGGAUGACCUCCAGGUUUACGGGUGCUACCGUGGAACUUUCACCCUGAGUUACCCCGAUGAGGCCGCUUCCCCUGCUGGGUCAGAUUAUUUUGGCAGCCCCGCAUCAGCCUCGUCUCCUUCAACCCCCGGGUUCCAGACUCACCAUGCAUCCAACUGGGAUUCAGCCUUUGGGCCAUACUCGCCCAGUCCAGGAUACUGGGCCGCAGAGGAGACCUCAGUGCCACAUGCGCCAUCUUUCUUCACUUUUGGCUCAGGGUCUGUGGAGGAUAUGUCUCAUUUGGGUCAACAACACUUACAAGAGCAGGAUCCUUUCACUUUGGCCCACAAUCACCCAUCUGCACUGAGUUUCCCCGCCAUGGUGAUGGAGCAAGCACAUAGCCUGGAGGGCACCGACCACCUGGACGGGAGCUUAUCACCUAAGUUAAAAAGUCCGAGCGGAAAUGAGGGCUGCUGUGCUGUGUGUGGGGACAACGCCUCUUGUCAGCACUAUGGGGUUCGCACCUGUGAGGGAUGCAAAGGCUUUUUCAAGCGUACAGUGCAAAAAAAUUCCAAGUAUGUUUGCCUUGCCAACAAGGAUUGUCCAGUGGAUAAGAGGAGGCGGAAUCGAUGCCAGUUCUGCCGUUUCCAGAAGUGUCUCACUGUAGGCAUGGUGAGGGAAGUUGUGAGAACGGAUAGCCUGAAAGGACGAAGAGGUCGCCUGCCGUCCAAGCCUAAAGUCGCCCAGGACGUGACAACCACUGUGUCUCCAGUGAGUAUGAUCGCUUCACUCGUGAGGGCCCACAUCGACUCGAGCCCCGGCGUUGGGAAAAUGGAUUACUCCAAGUAUGACGAUACAGAAGUCAGUCUGAACCAGAAAGAGGAUGCAAGUGACAUCCAGCAGUUCUACGACUUACUCACAGCCUCCAUGGAGGUCAUCAGGAAGUGGACGAAGGGCAUCCCAGGUUUCUCUGAGUUCUGCCCAGAAGAUCAGGAACUGCUGCUGGAGUCUGCGUUUGUUGAGCUCUUCAUCCUGCGUCUUGCAUAUCGUUCCAAUCCUGAAAUGGACAAGCUCAUCUUCUGCAAUGGGGCCGUGCUUCACAAAAUGCAGUGUGUCCGCAGCUUUGGGGACUGGAUUGACUCCAUCCUGGAGUUUUCUCAAGCCCUCCAUCGCAUGAAGCUCGACGUCUCCUCCUUCUCCUGCCUCACAGCCCUGGUCAUAAUCACUGACCGACAUGGUCUUAAAGAGCCAGGACGUGUGGAGGACUUGCAGAACCAGCUCAUCACCUGCCUUAAAGAUCAUGUUUCCGGCUGCGGCACCGACGCUUUGAGGCCCAAUUAUUUGUCCAGACUUCUCGGGAAGCUGCCUGAGCUCAGGAGUCUGUGCACUCAAGGCCUCCAGCGCAUCUUCUACCUUAAAUUAGAAGACAUUGUUCCUCCUCCACCGAUUGUGGACAAAAUCUUCAUGGAUACGCUUCCGUUUUGAGUGUGAGAUGGGAGACCAUCUGUGAUGUGAAAUCUGGAGUUCACAUGAGAGCCAAAGAGAACAGACUGAGCACUCAUACUUCAGGUAGUAUUACGUGAAAACUGCAAGAAGAUAGGAAGAAUAAUAAUCCUAAGGGAUUGUGCAGCUCCAGGGGAGAAGGGCUACUUGUGAAUUAUAAAGUGAAUGAGUUAUGAAACUUGCAGAAGCAACAUGUAUGAGCAACAUGUGGAACCAUCACAAAAUGCUCCUCAUAGUUUGUGUUUCCAGGAUAUUGUGUACUGUGCAGAUGGAACUAGACAGGCCAGCUCAUGGACCAAAAGGUGACUGUUUACAUACAAAAAAAGUGCCAUGAAUGGAAACAUUUCUGAUGGAGGGAAGACGAUUGCACUUUCCAAACAGUUACACAUUGAUUACAAACAAUAUCCGUGCCACCAUUUUGCACAAUAAUUUUGCUUUUUUGCAACAAUCUUUUAUUGUGAUUUGGAUGACUGUAAAUUGCACACAAAAUACCCGACAAAGCAUUAUAUUUCUACUUAGAUUAAACACUUCAGGUGCUCCCACUUGUUCAAACAAGCAAAUCAUUUCACAGAACCACUUUCUGCCCCCCAAAACUGAUGCUUGCAUCGGUCACUCAAAUCUCCAGUUUGCUUUAUUAAUGCCACCAUAGGUAUUUGGUGAUGACAAAAUAGACUGAACCUACAGAAUUAUUCAGUAGUAUCAUUCAUGUAUCAUGAAUAGACUUUGAGCAGCUAAUAGUGUAUACUGUGUAUCACCCAGUACAGUCUUAUACACUGGUCUUGUAUGUAAAUUAUGUUGAAUUUGUUUUAAACCUGCUGGUGUUAUUGCCACAUGAACUGUAUUCUGCAGUCUGGGAAAAGUGCAUUUUGUUUUGGGCUUGUUAUUUUUACAUACUAAGAAGUUAUAUUUUACUGCCGCUACACAUGAAAUGAAAUUUUAAACUGCA